GUUGGCAAUACACUUCUGUCAAAUAUAGAAAAUAUGUCGCAGAGGAAGCAAAAUAAAACGCAAAAAGCUUUUCCUUUGCUAUUUAUGUAGUUUUCGAGGCAAAAACAGUAGUUUGGUUGUAAUUUGCGUAAUUUGUGUAAAAAAUGGAUGAUACGGAGUUACGCACUGUCGAACAUUCAAUUCCGACCGAUAUUUUGGACGACCUCUUGACGCGGUUCAUAAUUUGCGUGCCUGAAUCAGCAAAGCAAAAUCUUAUUCGAAUUUGUUUCCAAAUCGAAUUAGCCCAUUGGUUCUAUUUAGAUUUUUACGUAACGAGUGAAAGUAAAUUAAAGACUUGUAGCAUUUACGAAUUCGCAGCGCACGUAUUCCAGCACAUACCGUCACUGCAAAAAGAGCGCCACAAACUUAAUCAGAUUUUGGCCGAAUGGAAAGAGUACAAACAGACUGUGCCCACUUAUGGGGCUAUUCUCCUCUCGGAGGGGAUGAGCCACGUUUUGUUAGUUCAGAGCUACUUCGCCAAGUCGUCCUGGGGAUUCCCCAAAGGUAAGGUCAACGAAGAGGAAGAUCCAGCGCACUGUGCGAUUCGGGAAGUCCUUGAAGAAACAGGUUUCGAUAUUACCAACUACAUAUCGGCCGAUGAGUGGCUUGAAGCAACCAUCAACGAUCAACUUGUGCGUCUUUACAUCAUUAAAAAUAUACCAAUGGACACGAAAUUCCAACCAAAAACGCGCUACGAAAUCAAAGCUUGCGAAUGGUUUCCUGUUGCUGAUUUGCCCAAUAGCAAAAAAGAUGUCACACCGAAAAUUAAAAUGGGCGUUAAUGCCAAUGCGUUUUUCAUGGUUUUGCCUUUCGUUAAACGUUUGAAAAUGAUUUGUAAUGUUGGUAAAAAAGCGCGACAUAAGUCGGCAAGUGUGAGCGAAAUGGACUACAGUUUGAAUAAAACUCGGGUUAAAUCAGAGACGGCCGUAAAAAAUAAUGGUAAAAAAACAACAGAGAGACGACACUCGAAACGUCAAUUGUUUAUUGAUGAUAAAAGUGUUGAUUUUUGUGCACCAUCUUGGCUCAAUUUUAAGUUUGACAGAACUGCCAUUAUGGAAUGCAUUCCUUAAAUGUGAUAUUUAUUUCAUUUAUUGCCAGUAACUGUGUGAUUAAUUUUUUCUGCAAUAUGUUCACUUGAAGCGGCUUUAAUUUCGGUAGGUUUUUUCUUGUUGAGUUUAAGCAGUAUUGAAAUUAGAAUCAAGGCUGACUACUUCAAGUAGGUUCUUUUAUUUUUUAACAAUGAAAUUGUGCAUUUUUAGUUUGAUCCUACACUACAAAUAAAUUAUUUUCGAGCA